AAGAGCUGGUGAAUUAUUGCUGUAAGUGGGAGGAAGACCAUCUUUGGCUGGGAGACAAGCUACUUUCUUACCAUGGAGCAGACAGUGUCCAGAAGGCGGCUGGGUUUCAGCCUGUUGAGUGUGACUUUCCUGCUCUGCUUGACAAGUGGAGCCUUUGGGUCUAUAGAUCCAGACAACCUGAAGGCAAUCAUCGACUACAUCAGAGAGUAUGGCAUCGCCAAUAACCAUUAUGCUGUUGCUGUAAGACUGGAUAACAGAUACUGCAGAAGUCCUACACGGCGGAAUUUAGAGACUGCUUUGCCUAGAAACCAAAUGGAUCAGAUGCGUAGUGCUAUUAGCAAGAAAAAUGGAAUUUAUAACCCACAGCAGAUAGGGGAUGUUGUUGCAGCCAGGCCAAACUUCCAGAGAGACCCGAUAGAGCAUGCUGAAUGGCGCUUACUGACUGGAGACCAGAAUAGCCCAGUAGAAAGGAUCCUAGCCAAUAAGGACCAGAAUAGUUGCCUGAUCUUCUUCAGCCAAUUAUCCCCCUGUGUGAACCAAUGUCUCAAUGAGAAUGUCAUGAGAAACAUUGUACGGGUGGUCAACCCCCUUUUUAACAGGUACAAUGAAGAUGGCAGGGCUUUUGUUUUCGAGUCCAUUUACAGAAAGGAUGCAGUAAAAGAACAUGAGGUUGUGUUGGGGGCCUGGCAACGCAUCCAGCGUGCCCCACUCUUCCGGUGCUAUGCAGGUAACAGAGCCUGCAUCAAAUGUUUUAACAGUAACCAACCUGUUAGCAACAGUCCCUGCUUGGCCAAUUAAGGAAAGCCAAUGAUAGAGUAGUGCCCGCCUAGGGAUGGCAGUUGUGGCACUUAGCAUUUUGCCAGCUGACCUGAGAACCAAAGGCACCCCUUCCUCAUCCCCAUAUUCUUGUUUUCUUGAGAUUGAGCAUUACAUUUGAUCUUUGUAGUCCUUUGCUUUGCUAUUGAAUCAAUAAAAUCUUUGGAGCAUGUC